AGGCCAGCGCGCGUGUUUCGUGCCGCUCCCGAGGCUACCGCGCGCAAGGGAAGGAAACCCGGUGGCCGCCUAUAUAACUGGCCGCCGGUGACCAAGUCGCCAAAUCCAAUCAGCCCAUAGCAAGCGCACCCACCACCAAUCUCCCAGCCCAAAGCAAACACCACCUCGGUCUCUCUCGUCUCCUCGUUUGCCCAUGGCGACCCUCCACCAGAACGGCGGCGCCCGUGCCGCCGAGGACGUCAACGGCAACGGCAACGGGCACGCGGCGGCGCCGGCGGCGGAGUGGCAGUUCGCGCGGGCGGUGAAGGAUGGCGCGCUGGCGGCGGCGGGGGACCGGAUGAGCAUCCGCGCGGUGCGGUUCAAGAUCAGCGCCAGCGUGGACGCGCGCGACCCGCGGCCCGUGCUGCCGCUCGCUCACGGGGACCCCUCCACGUUCCCGGCGUUCCGCACGGCCGCCGAGGCCGAGGCCGCCGUCGCCGCCGCGCUCCGGACGGGCAAGCUCAACUGCUACCCCGCCGGCGUCGGCCUGCCCGACGCCCGCCGCGCUUUGGCGAAGCACCUGUCGAGUGAUCUUCCAUACGAGCUAUCAUCCGACGACAUCUUUCUCACGGCAGGAGGCACUCAGGCCAUCGAGGUUGUGAUCUCAGUCCUGGCCCAGCCGGGCACCAACAUAUUGCUUCCAAGACCGGGAUAUCCUAACUAUGAGGCGCGCGCGGCGUUGAACAACUUAGAAGUUCGCCAUUUUGAUCUGAUCCCUGAGAGAGGGUGGGAAAUAGAUAUCGACUCUUUGGAGUCUAUUGCUGACAAGAACACCACCGCAAUGGUCAUCAUAAACCCCAACAACCCUUGUGGGAGUGUGUACACCCGUGAACAUUUAGCCAAGGUUGCAGAGGUAGCAAGGAAGCUUGGAAUAUUAGUCAUUGCUGAUGAAGUAUAUGGCAAUCUGGUUUUCGGUGACUCCCCGUUUAUCCCAAUGGGUGUCUUUGGGCACAUUGCCCCUGUUUUGACCAUAGGAUCACUCUCAAAGAGAUGGAUAGUGCCUGGAUGGCGACUUGGCUGGGUUGCUGCAUGUGAUCCCAAGAAGAUUCUUCAAGAAACUAAGAUUCUUACGUCAAUCACAAACUUCCUUAAUGUUUCAACUGAUCCGGCAACUUUCAUUCAGGGAGCACUUCCACAAAUUCUUGAGAACACAAAGGAAGAAUUCUUCAAGAGGAUCAUUGGUUUGCUAGAGGAAACAUCAGAGAUAUGUUAUAGAGAAAUAAAGGACAUCAAGUGCAUCACCUGUCCUCACAAGCCAGAAGGUUCCAUGUUUGUGAUGGUGAAGCUGAAUUUAUAUCUUUUGGAGGGGAUCCAUGAUGACAUUGAUUUUUGCUGCAAGCUGGCAAAAGAAGAGUCAGUGAUUUUGUGCCCAGGGAGUGUUCUUGGAAUGGAAAACUGGGUUCGCAUAACGUUUGCCAUUGAUUCAUCUUCUCUUCUAGAUGGCCUUGAGAGGAUCAAAUCUUUUUGCCAAAGGCACAAGAAGAAGAAUCUGCUUAGUGGCUUUUAAGUGUACCUCAAUCAAAGUUGUUGCUCAGUUCCAGUGUUCCAUUGUACCGUCGAUAAAUGUGGAACUAUAAGUUUCCUAAUAAAGUGCUAAUGUUUCCACGUCACA